UUAACAUUUCCGAAAUUCUGAUGCAUGAAGGAGAGAAUUAAGUGAGAAAUUAGAAGAUAUGUUGCAGUUUCAAGCAGCUUCCAUGAAUCCAAUGAUUCAAUUCUCACCUACCAAACCCAAAUUCCCUUCUUCUUCGCCACUUUUCUGCACCAAAACCCAAACCUCUGUUUCUCAAACAUUUUCCAAUAGUCAGAGUUACAAGAUGGAUUGUUUCCAAGAAUUUGAACUAAAAGUUCGUGAUUAUGAGCUGGAUCAGUUCGGUGUUGUCAACAAUGCUGUUUAUGCAGAUUAUUGCUACCAUGGUCGCCACGAACUGCUAGAAAGGAUUGGGAUGAGUCGUGAUGCAAUUAUUGAGAGAGGGGAUUCCUUAGCGCUAUCAAACUUGUCUUUGAACUUCCUUUCACCACUUCGAAGUGGAGACAGAUUUGUUCUUAAGGUCAGGUUCCCCAGAAUCUCAAGAGCUCGCAUCUACAUUGAGCACUUAAUUUUCAAGCUUCCAAAUAUGGAGCCAAUCUUGGAGGCAACGGGUACUGCAGUUUGGCUUAAUAAAAGUUAUCGUCCGGUGCGUAUCCCACAAGAAUUUCUAUCCAAAUUGGAUCAAUUUGUUCGGGAUCACGAGUCGAGGUGAUCGACUUUGAGGUGAUUUAUUAUCUUCUGGAGAAGGCCAAAGGAGAUGUUUUGCUUUUGGCUGAGAGAAUACAAUGGAGAAAAUAUCUGAUUCAUAUGCUAAAAUGCAUUUUAACGAAUUCUUGCUUUCUCUCAUAUACUCAUACCAUAACUACUCAAACAGUGUGAUACAUACAUAAACAACAUCACUCUGAUUUGCAUUAUGUUUUGCAGUAGUAUAAAGUAUAUUGCUCCAUGAAACGAACUUGUUAGACAUGAUCUAUUCUAUAAGUUAGUACCUUUGUA